AACAGACAUGGCGGCCGCCAGUGUGUUCAGACCUGGCUUGUUCAAGCAUAAAGUCGCAAUAGUUACCGGCGGAGGGACCGGUAUCGGUAAAGCCAUCUCCGCAGAGCUGCUGGAGCUCGGCUGCAAUGUGGUGAUCUCCAGCAGGAAGACUGAAAGGUUGGAGGCAGCAGCUCAAGAAAUGAGACAUAAAAUCCCUCCCUCCAGUCCUGCAAGUGUCACAGCUUUACCCUGUAACAUCCGCAAUGAGGAUGAGGUGAAGACUCUGGUCUCGUCUGUGUUGGAGCGACACGGCCGAAUAGACUUUUUGGUGAACAACGGAGGAGGUCAAUUCAGCUGCCCAGUGGAAAACAUGUCCUCCAAAGGCUGGAAGGCGGUGGUGGACACCAACCUGACAGGAACCUUUCACUGCUGCAAGGAGGUCUACGCGGCGUGGAUGAAAGAGCAUGGCGGCGUGAUCAUCAACAUCAUCGCUGACAUGUGGAAAGGCUUUCCAGGCAUGGCCCACACGGGAGCAGCAAGGGCAGCAGUGGACAACUUAACCAAGACUCUCUCCGUUGAGUGGGCGUCGUCUGGAGUGCGGGUCAACGCCGUUGCACCUGGCACAAUCUUUUCAAAAACUGCAAUGGAGAACUACAAAGAGCUCGGGCCACACAUUUUCAAAAUGUCGUCAUCGUUUAACCUUGCAAAACGACUGGGAUUACCUGAAGAGAUUUCAUCCGUGGUUUGUUUCCUGCUCUCGCCUGCUGCUUCCUACAUCUCUGGAGCUACACUCAGAGUUGAUGCAGGACAAAGUCUGUACCCCUCCAUGUGGGAGGUACCAGACCACAGUGCAUGGUCCGAGGCUCCAAAAGGGGAGAACCUGGAUGCCCUGAAGACACUGCUCGAUCCAAAAAGCAAACUCUAAUUCACUUAUCAACAGUACAAACCACCAAGAUCCGCAAACCACAUGAGAAAAUGAUCUGAACCUAUACUAUAAACAUGAAACUAGUAUUUAAUAAACACUUUAUUUUGGGUCUGUUGCAAAUGUAUUCCACUUCCCAGUAGAAUGGCAGGUCAACAUCUUCGUUGUAGCUGCGCCUGAUGAGGGACACGGUACACUAGAUGUAAAGACAAGUGCGAUUAAAGUAAAACUGUGUGAAUGGGUGAGCCAGCACAGUCAGACAACACAAACACAUCACAGGCUAAUGAGCAACAUGCUCCUGUCUCUGCUGUGUAAAUCUGCUGGCUAUGAGUAAUGGGAUAUUGACUUGAAGAAAACAAUGUCCAUAUGGGGUGUGUGAUUUAUUAUUAAAUCUGUUUAAUGAUUGUAUGUAAUUGAAGCAACAUUAGUGUGAUGCACUGUUUCACUGUUAUAUAAGAAAUUAUUGACACACUGAUACACAGCAGUUUUUCUGUGUUAAUUUAUGUUGAUGUUUCUGAACCGAAUGUUUGUAAGAGCUCAACAAUUUGAGUCAUGUGAUCUUCUACAGAAAUGUGAUUUUGUUUAACCCAUACAAACUUAAUGUUUAUGUGGAAGCCUUUUAUUAAUCCCCGAGGGAACUUUUCAAAACAUAGAAAAUACUUGUAAUACAACUGUAAUGCAGACAGUUGUCUAAGUAGAGCAACUGAAUGAAUUCUGACCACACGCUAAUUUCCGUUUCUUAAAUGUGGUGUUUGCAUAGCAAACAUUCAGUGUUUGUAUGGCAAACUGAUUUUUAUUGAUGCAAUUAAAAUUAUUUUCUUUAUGAAAGCUGUUGUUUUACUCAUAAAUGUCACAAAAACUCUGGAUGCAUAAAGAAAUAUUUCAGUUGAAGAUUGAUUCCUAAAAUCUCAUUACAGCAGAUUCCUUUAAUCUUUAUCCAAAUAUGGCAUUGUAUCUAAAAACAUCCACUAGCUAGAUAGAUAAAUACUUUGAAAUUCAGCAUGUCUUCCAUCUUCACUACAAUCAAAAUAAUUUCUAAAUUUACAUGUAUAAACUGAUGAAACUAAACACAAAUCAGAUUAAGUAUUAAGAACUCUGUUAGAGUAGAUACAUUAAUACUAAAUAUUCACAAUAAAGGGGAAGGACAA